AUUACUUUGCAAAAUAGAACAAAUUUAUUUUUAAAAAAUGUUCUUAAAAACAUUGUUAUUAAUAACAUUAUUGCAUAUUUUGGUACUAAUAUAAAGUUAACAUGAUCAUAAACUUCAUAAAAUGUAUUAAUAGGAAAAUUUAGGAAAGAUAUUUUACUGUUGCAUUUUGAAUUUUGUGACAAUUAAAUCUGUUUAAUGCAUACCAGGUAGGAUACAGGGCAGUAUAAAGUCUGGUCUGUGUAAAAAAAAAUAUAAGAUAGCCCAUAACUUUUUUGAGACUAAAGCUAAAGAUAUAUCUAAAUGCUAUAUUUUUUAAACGCCCGCGUGAAAUGGAUGUAGAAACACAUGUCACACUUUGAUAUUUGUUGAAAACAAAAACAAUUAUUUUAACAUUUUUUGACAAUUUUUUUGGCUUUUUUUCUACCAUACCUAGCAACUAAAUCAUCGGUCUAAUUUUUUUUCAAUGUGCUGGCCUUGAAAAAAUGGGCAAUAAACAUGUAUUUCAGCCCUAUACCUAUUUUCUAAGGCAUUUUUAUAAGGGCGGAGGGGAGGGGCGUGGGACACCCCCUAAGGCUUUGCAUAGAUUCAGACCCCCCCAGCCUUUAUAGGGUUAAGCAUAAUGGACCUUCUUCAUUGGUAAGAAUGUUAUUCCUGGUAAAGCCCUGCCUUUUUCAUUUUGAUUUCAUGGUCAGUUAAUGCAUUAUUGCUGUAUUAACUUGAAUUAUAAAUAUUAUAUCUGAUAUAUCUGAUAUAUCUGCAUAUUCUAAGAUCCAUGAAUAUGGUUUUGCAUGUUCAAACUUUUCUCACACAUUUCAAGACUUUAUUUACAGCCAGACACUGUCCUAGUCAUGCUUUUACCCUACGUAGAUUGGUAUAAAGCAGAUCAAGCCAAGGGUAAGAUUUCAAGACUUUAUUUACAGCCAGACACUGUCCUAGUCAUGCUUUUACCCUACGUAGAUUGGUAUAAAGCAGAUCAAGCCAAGGUUCUAAGUGGUAGAAUUGUUGUAACCAUAUGGAGCUUUGGCUCACUAUUCAUAAUUCUUGCUUUCUCCUGUAAUCUAAGGGCCAUUUUACUGAGUCCUUCCUUUAAAUCUCCAAUUGAUACUUCUAAGGACAUUGUUCUAAAGAAUAAGUUGUCUGUUCUCUCUGCAUACUCCUGGCAUUAUAAUUAUCUGUCCACAUCUAAAGAUCCAUGGCAAAGAGAUACCCUGAAGAACUACAAGUUUAAAGACGCGACCCUUUCAACUGAUGAAGUACUUUGGAAUGUUUAUACUGAAGAAAACGAGGUGACACCAGAACCCAAGGACCAGGUGUUGGUCAUCAUACGAAACAACAAAACAUUUUCAGGGAUGAAUACUCCAGUAUUUUAUUUUAGCAAGGAGAAAUUAAUGCCAUAUUUUGCUGGUUGGGUUUUUCAAAAGGAAACAAAAUGGGAAAAUGAUAUUAAUAAUCAUAUACUGCUCUGUCAUCAGGCUGGGUUCUCUACAAAAAUAGAAAAUUUAUACGCUUCAGUCAAGGUUCAUGAUACUUCAACACCAUCAGAGAUAACUCUAUCCAUCUCAGAUCUGGCCAUUUCUUUCUUCUUACUAAGUGGUGGUCUUGCUAUAUCAGCAAUAGUAUUUCUGCUCGAGUUCUGGUGGAAAAUUAAGUAAGAUGUCAGAUGCCAUGAAUAUUUAUACAGAAAAUUAAGAAGAAAAAAUAAAUUUAUUUUCUUUUCUAAAUGAGUGCAAAAUCUAAUUUAUAAUGAAACAUGUUAACAUUCAGUAAGAAGCCCUUGCCCCGUUGAAUCACAAGACAGAGAGAGUGCCUAACUGCAGUGCUCGGCCCCAUAGCCUAUUCUAGCCGCAGUGCUUGGCCCCUAGCCUGUCAUUUUUGUACUGCAGUGUGCUG